AUGUGUCUCUCCAUCGCCUCUCUACCUCCCUCACGUCUCCUCUCUCCCCCACUUGACCUCUCUCCCUCCCUCACCUUGCUCUCCUCCUCCUUCAACUCUCCCUUCUCCUCUCUCCCCCCCACACUUAUCAUGUGUCUCUCCAUCACCUCUCUACCUCCUUCACGUCUCCUCUCUCCCCCACCUGAGCUCUCUCCCUCCCUCACCUCGCUCUCCUCCUCCUUCAACUCUCCCUUCUCCUCUCUCCCCCCACACUUAUCAUGUGUCCCUCCAUCGCCUCUCUACCUCCCUCCCUUCUCCUCUCUCCCCCACACUUAUCAUGUGUCUCUCCAUCUCCUCUCUACCUCCUUCACGUCUCCUCUCUCCCCCACCUGA